CUGCUUGUGUUGUAGUAUUCUCAUAGCUUUGAAAUUCACACGAUAUCGAUUCCACUUAACAAGACCGCGGAGAAAUGUUUACGGGGAUCUCCAUGAUGUUCGGUUCAUGACGCGAAAGGUUACAACAACAAGGGAGGUAACUGCGGGGAAAAGUUGUGGAAUGUAACCACAAACAUUUUGCAUUUUUUCGGAUUCGUCUGAAAGUUCGGAUACACUGACUAAUGGACGAAUGAGUGGUGUUCCACAAAUGUGAUAUACGUGCGGUCACAUUUGGUAUAAGAAGUACCAAUCAUGCAGCGGGAACAUCUAAGCCUAGUGGAUGUAUCCGAAGACAGACAAGAGGGCGACACUAGAAUCACCAAAACAUAUCAAGUAACCCAAGUGUACUAUCAGGAAUACGAGGCAUCCUGUUUGCAGAAGUGCAGCAACGGAAUCAUUCGAGUCCUGGAGGGCACCUUCUACAGGAUUGGUUUGCAUGUGGCACGUCAUCCCUAUCUCGUAAUUCUUGUCUGCCUGCUUGUUUGUGGUCUCUGCGGAUUGGGUUUGUUGAAAUUCGAACAAACGAGCGACGACGCCAAACUCUGGGUACCAGUCAACUCAAGGGUUCUCCCAGAAAAGGCAUGGAUGGAGAAUCAUUUCCCGGAGCAGUUCCGCUACACAUCUGUUAUUAUUACUGCCAGCAACAUUUUGACACCAGCAGUGUUGAACUCUAUGUAUGAUAUGUACUUGAAGUCCAGUAUGAUGUAUGUGGAAGGUAACACCAACCUGGAGGGCCUAUGUGUGAAAGUGGGUCAGUCCUGCAAUGUUCAGAGCAUCUUGGAGCUGUGGAACAAAAAUGGGACCAUCAUUAGAAAGCUCACCAUGAAUGAUGUCCUCCACACAGUCAACUCUGGUGUAAAAUACAGCCCCGUGUAUGGCACAGAAUGGAGCUUCAGCCAACAGCUGGGUGGUAUACGGAGAGAUCGGUAUGGUAACAUCAUUGGUGCGUCUGCUGCCUCCAUGCUCUGGGUGCUACACAAGGACCCACAAAAAGAAUUGUCAGCUCUAGACUGGGAGAAACAGAUGAUAUCCAUGGCAACCACUAGCAGACCUUACAUUGACAAAUCAUAUAUUUACGCCACAAGAACUUUCGAUGACGAAGGCUAUGGAGCAGUGAAUGCAGACACAACCCUUCUUACACUGGGCUUCAUUAUUGUCUUUAUCUUCAUUAUUUUGGUGCUUGGGCGCUUUAACCUGGUGGAGAACAAGCUUUACGUAUCCCUGGCUGGCAUAUUCAGCAUUGGACUGGCCAUUGUGUUCUCUUACGGACUUGCCAUGGCACUUGGGUUCCUGUUUGGACCAAUACACAACCUAAUGCCGUUCUUGUUACUAGGUAUAGGUGUAGAUGACAUGUUUGUGAUAGUGAGUGCAUGGAACAACCUCAGUGACACAGAGAGGGUUCUUCCACUGGACAGAAAGAUGGCUCUCACCUUGAAGCAUGCAGGCGUCUCUAUCACUGUCACCUCCAUCACAGAUAUUGUGGCCUUUGGUAUUGGUGGAUCUACAGUAAUUCCAGCUCUCAGUGCUUUUUGUGCCUAUGCAGCCUUGGGAAUACUCGCCCUCUACCUUCUAGUUGCAACAUUUUUUGUAGCUGUUUUGACGUUAGACGAGAGACGUAUUUCUGAUACAAGAAAUUCUGUUUGUUUUUGUUAUAAGCAUAAACAGUAUGUGCCAAAUGCAUGUAGUCAGAAAGACCUGAUUGGAACCUUUCUGAAAGAUGUGUAUUCACCAACACUUAUGAAGAAAUAUUGCAAAGUAGCUGUUGCCAUAACCACAGUGGUGCUGGCUUCAAUCAAUACCUGGAGCUUCACAAAGCUGCGACAGGACUUCGACCUCUAUGAUUAUCUUCCCAGGGACUCUUAUGCCACUGAGUUUGUGCAGACGCAGAUGAAAUACUUCCCUGACAGAGGCUUUGGGGCUUCUAUAUAUUGUGGAACUACUGGAAUAUUUACAGUCCCACGAUCCGGGGUGUAUGUGUUUUAUAUACAUAUUCUUGGCUCAAGUCGUCCAAUGGAAGUCAUUCUGAGGAAAAAUGAUCACAACCUAGUUCUCCUACACUCCCAGGGUACCGGCUCUUAUGGCUCUGACGACAACAUGGCUGUUGUGGACCUAGCCGAGGGUGACCGUGUGUACGUAAAGAAACAUAGACACAAUGGCGUGGCCCCGUACUACGUUCACAAGUUUUAUAGCAACUUUGCAGGCUUCAUGUUAUUUCCGUUGUAA